AUGGAAUAUAUGUUGAAGGGUAAGAAGAUGACAGUAAAAGGUGAUCCAACGCUUUCCAGACAGUUGGUGGAACCCAAAGCCUUGUUGAAAUUAGUGGAUGCUGAGUCAUGGGUACUAAUGUGGGAUGUGGGCCUAGUGGAGCAGGAGGGGUGCGAUGAGUGGACUAGGGAUUUGACAAGGGAACAACAAGCUGAAUUAAAGACAGUGUUGCAGGCACACUAUGGGGUGUUACAGGCACACUACCGAGUAUUUCAGGAGGUGCAGGGCUUACCACCACCUCGUGAUACAAAGCAUCCUUACAGAAUAAAAUUUGAGAUUGAGAAAUUGGGUUUGAUUGAGAGACAAAAAAUUAUGGCCAGAAGAGAUCUUGAGACUGGUGGUGGGAGAACCAAGAACAAUAAAACAGAGGAAAACUACACUGUGCAUGAGUCUUCUACUCCUUACGAAGCUGAUACCCAUUGGACAUCCUCGCUGGUUCCUAUGUUUGUGGUUGCUAAUAUUGUUGUUUUUGUUAUUUCCAUGUACAUCAACAAUUGUUCCAAGAAUAACCUCGGUCUCCAAGGUGGUUGCGUGGCCAAGUUCCUUGGAAGGUUCUCCUUCGAACUUAUGCAGGAGAAUCUGUUGCUUGGUCCUUCUUCUUCAACAUUGACCAAGAUGGGAGCCCUUCGGUGGGAUAAUGUUGGGAACAGGCAUCAAGGAUGGAGACUUGUCACUUGUAUUUGGUUACACACUGGGAUUAUUCAUUUGCUUGCUAACAUGUUGAGUCUGGUAUUCAUUGGGAUUCGUAUGGAACAACAAUUCGGGUUUGUGAGGAUUGGAGUUAUAUACCUGGUGACUAUCCAGGAUCAAUAUCCUGAGUUCAACCUUGUGGACAAGGUUGUUGAAGGAGAGGAGGGUAAUGUUAGGACAUAGGGUAUUUGGAUAUAAUGGGAAAGGGGAUUAGGAUAGGAGGAGAGGAGUUGUAUAAAUAGUUGUUUGUUUAGUGGAGGGAGACUUUUGGCAGUUAGAUUGUUGACAGACUUUGUCCUG